AUGAGAAUUUGGACCAAAGCCUGCUUGCAGUUGUCCAUUGAUGAAGAUAUUUAUAUUCUUGUUGAUAUCCAUUUGCAGCAGCUGGGUGGACCUGGCUUUGGAAUGGGAAUGGGUGCUGGAGCGUUGGCUGCUGGUGCUGUGAUCUUUGGUGAUGAUUUUAUGUCCGGAUUUGAUUUUCCGGGCGGGUAUCAAAAUGCUAGUCUCACCAUAUCGACUGAUCCUUCUGUGAAAGCAAUAUCUAUUUCCUGUAGUUAUGUUUCCAUGUACCAAAAUGAUGUUAAACACUUUCUCAAGUUGUUCAACGAAAAAAAGGAUAGUCCAGUAUAA